AUGUCUUGCUCCAUUCCUCUCUCCCCAGACAUUGUGUUAUUAGGUGCCUUCUGCAAAAUAUUGAUUGAUACUAUUGAGGGAACUCCUGGCCUACAUGUUUUCUGGAGUAUGUUUCGGCCCCUAAUCCAAGGGAAGGUCCUCUACACCCCUGACACACCUGCCACUCGGCUAAUGGUGAAAGAGGCAAAUAGCACAUUCAAUGCAUUGGCCAUGAUAAAAGAGCUGGCGGACGCUUGGGAGGAUUUCGGACAUCUUGUUUGGGACUACUUUCAAAAUGGCCGCCAAGUCAAUACACUGCGGGCCCUGCUGGAUAACCCUGUGUUUGUAGCCUUGCUCAACCAACGGCUCAAAGGCACAAGAUGGACGGCAGAACUGCUCGCCAACUUCCUGUACAAUGGGCCCCCCGAGGGUCGCCCCACGGGCAUGCCGCCGAAUGACUGGCGCAACGCGUUCAACACCACAAGCCAAAUCCUGGACCUCCUGAAGAAGUUCAUUGGGUGCUUGAACCUGGAUAAGUUUGAGGCUGCCGACAGUGAGAGACAUCUCAUGACUAGAGCCUUGGAGCUACUAGAGAGCAAUAGGUACUGGGCUGGUAUCGUUUUCGAAGACCUCAACCCUGCCGCCAGCCACCCCCCUCCUUACGUCAAGUACAAGAUCCGCAUGGACAUUGAUAAGGGGGAGCGUACGAAUAAGAUCAAAGAAAGGGGAUGGUCUCCUGGGGCCCGUAGCAACUCCUUUAACGACCUGCGCUAUAUAUGGGGAGGCUUCGCCUAUCUGCAGGACAUGAUGGACCAUGGCAUAAUACGGGCACACACAAACAAAUCCCAGCCGCUCGGCGUGUUUGCCCAGCAAAUGCCAUAUCCCUGCUAUGUGGACGAUGUGUUCCUCCGCUCGCUGGCACGCUCUCUGCCCCUGUACAUGACCCUGGCCUGGAUCUACUCGGUGGCAAUGAUCGUGAAGGGCAUCGUUAUGGAGAAGGAGGCGCGUCUGAAGGAGACAGUGAGGAUGAUGGGGCUGAGAAGCUCCACCUACUGGCUGAGCUGGGCCGUGUCCAGCAUGCUGCCGCUGGCUGUCAGUGCUCUCCUCCUCACCCUCAUCCUCAAGUAUGGGAAGGUGCUGCAGUACAGCGACCCCUCUGUGAUCUUCGUUUUCAUGCUGGUCUUCUGCGUGGCCACCAUCAUGGAGUGCUUCUUUAUCAGCGUGUUCUUCUCCAAGGCCAACCUAGCGGCGGCGUGCGGGGGCCUCAUCUACUUCGUCCUCUACCUUCCGCACCUCCUCUGCUAUGCCUGGAGGGACGUCUUGGGGUUCCAGGUCAAAAUCGCUGUGAGUUUGCUGUCGUGUGUGGCCUUCGGGUAUGGCUGUGAGAACUUCGCCAAGUAUGAGGAGCAGGGCAUCGGUAUCCAGUGGAGUAACAUUGCCCAAAAUCCUGAGGGAGAUCGGUACAGUUUCAUCGUGUCCAUCAUCAUGAUGCUCAUCGACGCCCUCAUCUACUGGCUGCUCACAUGGUACAUCGAGAACGUCUUCCCAGGCCAAUAUGGAAUAGCCAAGCCGUGGUCCUUCCCUUUCAUGGCCUCCUAUUGGUGCGGGAUGUCUGCGGUGCCCAACGCUGACCCUAGUCAGUUCAAGGAUCCCAUGGAAUACAAUGAUUAUUUGGAAAAGCCACUACCCAAUAUGAAGGCAGGGGUCUCAAUCAGGAACCUUGUGAAGAUCUAUAAAACGGGAAAAAAGCUUGCUGUGGAUGGACUUAGUGUGGACUUCUACGAGAAUCACAUUACCUCUUUCCUUGGUCACAAUGGCGCAGGAAAAACAACCACUAUGUCGAUCUUGACGGGACUGUUCGCUCCAACAUCGGGGACCGCUCUCAUAAAUGGUUACGAUAUCCGCACGGACAUGGACACCAUUAGGAAGCAUCUGGGAAUGUGCCCUCAGCACAACGUCUUGUUCAAUGACCUUACAGUAGAGGAGCACAUCUACUUCUAUGCCAGAUUAAAGGGUCGAAGCCGUGAUGAAGUGAAAACGGAGAUGGACCAAAUGAUCAAGGAUGUAGGGCUGCCGCACAAACGCAAGGAACUUGCCAAGAACCUGUCAGGGGGAAUGCAAAGGAAACUGUCGGUGGCCAUCGCAUUCGUGGGAGGAUCCAACAUCGUCAUCCUGGAUGAACCCACAGCAGGGGUGGACCCGUACGCCCGGAGAGGGAUAUGGGAACUUCUGUUGAAGUACAAAAAAGGUCGCACAAUCAUCCUCUCCACUCAUCACAUGGAUGAGGCCGACAUCUUGGGAGACCGCAUUGCCAUUAUCUCUCACGGCAAGAUGUGUUGUUACGGCUCCUCCCUGUUCCUGAAAAAAUACUUUGGCAGUGGCUACUACCUCACUCUGGUCAAGGCCGGAAAUGAGCAAAUUACCAACGAGCGCAGCGGAGUCAAGCAGGGCCAGGAGAAAGAGGAGACGGAUGAGACCUUGAGGAGAACCAGUCUGGAUGAAGGGAUUGCAAGCCAGAACUGGAGCAACUCUGACCCCACAGAGCUUACAGCUGUCAGUAAGCUGGUGCGUCGGCAUGUUCCCGAGGCAGUGUUCCUGGAGAGCAUCGGCCAGGAGAUCACCUACAUCCUGCCUUACAGCGGGGCCAAGGAUGGCACCUUCGCCCUCCUUUUCAAAGAGCUGGACCUGGAGAUGGCUGACAUUGGCUUCACCAACUACGGCAUCUCGGAUACCACACUAGAGGAGAUUUUCCUCAAAGUGGCGGAGGACACAGGUGUGGAUGUGGAAAUUCCAGAUAACAAAGCACCUUUGGGAAGAGACAAGACAAGAAGUUCAAGGGAAUCCAAGCGGCAACGGCACAGCCAGACCAAUGUAGGGAACACUUCAGACAAAGUGACUGGGAAAAGGGCUGAAGUGAAAGCCAAGUUCACAAGCAGAGUGGAGGAUGUGGAGAGAGUUGCCAAUGUGAAUGGGAAGGGCUCCAGUGUGAUAAUGGGAUGGGAACUAAUCCGGAGACAAUUCCUGGCCCUCUUCAUCAAACGUUUCCACCACGCACGCAGGAGCCGCAAAGGCAUCAUUGCUCAGGUGAUUCUGCCAGCUGUCUUCGUCUGCCUGUCUCUCAUCUUUUCCGUCAUCAUUCCCCCUUUUGCUGAGUACCCUAAUCUGGAGCUGCAGCCAUGGAUGUACGGGCUGCCCCAAACGACAUUCUACAGCAAUGAUGGGCCGCCAAAUAAUACAGAGGUUGCUCAAGUGGUGGACUCUUUGGUGAAUAAUCCUGGGUUUGGGACUCGCUGCAUGGCUAACAACCCUAUACCGAAUCUCCCGUGUGUCCCCAUUGAUUCUAAAUGGACCACUCCCUCAGUGGAAACCUCUAUCAACAACAUCUUAAUCAACGGGACCUGGAGCAUGGCCAACCCUUCCCCUAACUGCCAGUGCAGCACUCCUCAAAAGACUAUCAUGCUGCCAGAUUGCCCACCUGGAGCCGGGGGGCUGCCUCCCCCUCAGAGGAUCCAGAAUACUACGGACACACUACAGGACCUGACAGGGAGGAACAUGACAGACUUCCUCUUGAAGACGUAUGAGAAAGCAGGCAAAAAAAGGUACGGAGGGAUUUCCGUUGGAGGAGUUAACUCCCAAGUCAGGAUGACUGAACCGGAAAUUGAAGCUGUAAUCAGGGAUUUGAAAAGCCUAUUCAAUUCCCCCCAGGAUAACACGACUGAGCAGAUCCUUCUGAACGCUGAGACGCUCCUGAAAGAGCUUGGGACCAGGGAUAAUGUCAAGGUGUGGUUCUACAACCAAGCGUGGCACGGGAUCGUUUCGUUCCUCAACGUGGCCAACAACGCCAUCCUGAGGGGCAACCUGCCUACGGGCCGUGACCCCAGGGAGUACGGCAUCUCCUCCUCCAGCCACCCUCUCAACCUCACCAAGGUGCAGCUCUCCUACCAGGCACUUGCUGCCACCUCCACCGAUUUGGUGGUGUCCAUCUGUGUCAUCUUCGCCAUGUCCUUUAUCCCAGCGAGCUUUGUCCUCUUCCUCAUCCAGGAGCGUGUCAACAAAGCCAAGCACUUGCAGUUUGUCAGCGGCGUCAACCCGGCCGUCUAUUGGGUAGCCAACUUCGCCUGGGAUAUAUGUAACUACAUUGUCCCGUGUCUAAUAGUCAUCAUCAUCUUCCUGUGCUUCCAACAAAAAGCCUAUGUGUCCCCUCCUAACCUACCAGCUUUGAUUUGGCUACUUGUAAUGUAUGGGUGGUCUAUCACACCCAUGAUGUACCCAGCCUCGUUUAUCUUCAGUGUCCCCAGCACGGCCUACGUGGUGCUGACCUGCGUCAACCUCUUCAUCGGCAUCAAUGGCAGCUUGGCCACCUUUGUCAUGGAGCUGUUCGAUGAUGAUAAAAUCUCGCACAUCAAUGACAUUGUGAAGCAGGUGCUGCUGAUUUUCCCGCACUUCUGUCUGGGUCGAGGGCUCAUCGACAUGGGCAAGAACCAGGCCAUGGCCACUUUAUUUGAACGCUUCGGGGAAGACCGUUUCCAGGACCCCCUCAGCUGGGACAUGGUGGGGAAGAACCUGUGUGCCAUGGCCAUCCAAGGGGCAGUCAUGUUCACCAUCACUCUCCUUAUCCAGUAUAAAUUCUGCUACAAACCCAGACUGAUUUCUGGAAAGUCAUUCUCCAAGGAGGACGAAGAUGUGGAUGUCGCUCGGGAACGUGCACGCGUCCAUGAAGGCGGUGCCGAGAAUGACCUGUUGAGAAUCUGCGAUCUCUCUAAGGUGUACUCAGGGAAGAACAUUCCUGCUGUGGACAGGGUGUGUUUGGGUGUUCCAGCCGCAGAGUGUUUUGGACUGCUAGGGAUUAACGGGGCAGGAAAAACAACCACCUUCAAGAUGCUGACGGGGGACAUCGCCAUCUCCGGAGGAGAGGCCUUCCUAAACAGAUACAGCGUACGGACAGAGAUGAGGGACGUUCACCAGAACAUGGGCUACUGCCCGCAGUUUGACGCCCUCAACGACCUUCUCACCGGACGAGAGCAUCUGGAGUUCUACGCCAGACUACGAGGCGUACCGGAGAAUGAAGUCACCAUGGUGGCAGAGUGGGGCAUCCAGAAGCUUGGCCUGGUCAAAUAUUCCAACAAGGCAGCCGGUACCUACAGCGGAGGGAACAAACGCAAGCUCUCAACUGCCAUGGCUCUGAUUGGUUGUCCUCCUGUGGUAUUCCUGGACGAGCCAACGACAGGGAUGGACCCCAAAGCCAGACGCUUCCUGUGGGACUGUAUCCUGAGUGUCAUCAAAGAGGAACGCUCGGUCAUCCUAACAUCACACAGCAUGGAGGAGUGUGAGGCCCUGUGCACACGCAUGGCCAUCAUGGUGAAUGGACAGUUCAAGUGUCUGGGCAGCAUCCAGCAUCUCAAGAGCAGGUUCGGGGACGGCUACACUGUGAUCGUGAGGGUGGGCGGCUCGCCCCCCGCUCUGGGCCCCGUGGAGGAGUUUGUCCACGAGACCUUUCCGGGUAGCAUACUGAAGGAGAAGCACCACAACACUCUGCAGUACCAGCUCCCCCUCAGCAAGGGCGCUCUGGUCAGCAUCUUCAGCCAGUUCACCACUCAUCAGCAGAGGCUGGGUGUGGAGGACUACUCUGUCUCCCAGACCACUUUGGAUCAGGUCUUUGUCAACUUUGCCAGGUACCAACAUGAGGAGGACAACCAUGCUACUUAUGACAACAAAGUGGACGUGUCCAGCGAAAUGCCUAUGAAAACUCAGAACUCACCUGUCCCAGAGAGCGCCUGAGUCCCAACGUUCACCACAUAUUCUAUCACUGAACAGCACCUAGCGCUGUAUAUCUCAGGUCUAAGCUUGUAGAUCGAUUUAGUUUGUUUUACUUCUGCCAGUUGGCACAAUAAUGUUAUAGUUAUGUUAUUAUGCAAAUGUUAACCGUAAAUAACACAUAUAAUGCAAUUGCAGAGUGAAAUAAGGGCAAGUAAGUGAUUGGUAAGUGAUUGGUCUACCUGCUUCAUCAAUGUAUACAUUUAGUCCAUGCAGUUAUUUUGGGGGAUUUCUUUAUGAUGAAAAACAGACACACUUAAUUGUGGUGUGGUGAAACACAGAUUUUCCUCAGACCUUGUCAUGCCAAAUGACAUGGCUAGGAAACAGCUCUUCCUCAAAGGUCAACACAUGCUACUAUGUUGCCCCUUGACAUUCUCUUACGACUGUUGUUGCAAUUGUUUCACUAGCUACUGAUGAAACAUUUAAUACUUCCCAAAUCGCACCCUAUUCCCUAUAUAGUGCACUACCUUUUUUUUUUUUACCAGAUCCCUAUCAGUCUUCCACGGCCAUACUGUGGAUAUUUUCAUAUUAUCCUUUCCUUCAUUCCAAAAUUAGAAUGGCGUGCCCCACUUCGCAAAAUAUGCAUUGAGUGCGAGACAGAGUCGAGAGCCUUACACUGUGUACUUGCAGGAUAAAGUGUGCCUUCAAUAUAGCCUAUCCUCUGUCUCAGGAUCUCUCUGUAGAGCUGUAAAGAUAUAUUUGUUCGCAUUUGUACUGUUUUACGUUCGAUAAAACCCAUGUAGAUAUGCGUAUAAUACAACUAUGUUGGGAGAAAAUGCAGGUAGAUAUUUUUAACAAUGGUGAAACCACACCAAGCACUUUGUCAGUUUGCCUGCAUUACUUUUGCAGGUGCACUUAGCACUUUCUACCUAAAGCGAAUAACUUCUCUGUAUGUGUGUGUUUCCCUCAUGAGCACUAGGGUUCACUUUGAGAGCUCAAUGUCAUUUGUAUGCCGUUCAAUGUCCCCCCGCAUUACUAUCUUGUUCAUUGCAAAGAAUAAGAAAUCCUAUUUGUACUGAAUAUUGCUUUGUGCCAGAACAGAUUAUUAAACA